AAAAAAGAGAAGCGUGAUGAUUUUACUCGACUAUCACAAUGUUAUCAUCAAGGAUUGCCUUGAAUCUAGACUAAAGGGAGAAAAACUCGAUGCCCUUGACAUGACAAUUGUUGAUUUUGAUGGCGUCAUUUAUCAUCUCGCAACACCCGACAGCAAGACUGUCCUUCACAUCUCUCUUCGCUGGAAGUGUUUCAACGAACUUGUUGCCUAUGGCGCCCAAGAAGUCCUUAAGCGGGAGUAUUCAGAAUACCUUGCCAGCCCCGAAAACGGCUUUGAUACCACGCUUGUGAUUGACCUCGAAAAGGUUCCAGCAGACGAAGAAACCAGAACAGAACUCAUCCAAAAGAUAUCUCUUCUUAAGCGUAACUUACUGGCAGCUCCUUUUGAACGGGCCUUUGCUGAACAAGAACAAUUCGAGGACGAGUCAAAGCCAAACCCGAAAUCAGAAUUAAUGGCUGUACAUUACCGUGAAGAAGAAGCUAUCUAUGUCAAGUCCAAUUCAGACCGAGUCACUGUGUUCUUUACCACUAAAUUUAAGGAUGAGACUGAUAAGGUCUUUGGAAAAGUUUUUCUCCAGGAAUUUGUGGAUGCCAGACGUCGUCCUGCUCUUCAGAAUGCACCUCAGGUACUAUAUGCAACGCGUGAGCCCCCAAUGGAAUUGCGUGACUUAAAUUUGCAGCCUGAUGAAGACAUGAGCUAUGUGACAUUUGUUCUUUUCCCUCGUCACUUCAACAGAGAAGUUCGUGAGGAGACAAUCUCGCGUGUCCAAAUCUUCCGUGACUAUCUUCAUUAUCACAUUAAAUGCUCAAAGGCUUAUAUGCACACUCGUAUGCGUGCUCGCGUGAGUGAUUUCCUGAGAGUCUUGAAUCGUGCUAAACCAGAAAUUGCCCCUGCCGAAAAGAGGACAGCAAGUGGAAGGACGUUCCGUAGAAACUAAGAAAUACUUUAAUGCUUUUUUUAUGGAGUUUUUUUUUAUAUGCGUGUAUAAAAAAAUAAAGAUUAACCAAUACACAUAAUGAGCCUUUUGGAUAUAU